ACAGACAGUUGAGCGAAGAAGGAAGUACUGACAGACAAAAUGGCUUUAGGACGAAGCUAGCUGCCGUAGCUAAUGUAAACAAAACCAACAAGUGACGGAGGAGGAAAGGAGGAUAACAUUACCUCAUAGCUGAUUGAUCUAAAUCAUAUGUGCUAUAACUUGAAGGAUGUCAAUCCAGAGACGCGGGAUCCACUUGGACCAAUCGGAGCUGCUCUGCAAAAAAGGAUGCGGGUUUUAUGGCAACGCAGCCUGGCAAGGCUUUUGCUCCAAGUGCUGGCGAGAGGAGAAGCAGAGGCAGAUUCAAGAGGACUGGGCUCUAGCAGAGAGACUCCAAAGAGAAGAGGAAGAAGCAUAUGCAAAUAGACAACAAAAGAGCCAGCCACAGGCUGCAGUCACUCCCUUUAACAAAUUUGAAGAAAGAAAAAAUAAGGAAAAGUCUAGCAAAGUCCACACAGUUACAAAGUUUUUUACUCCUUCCACAAAAACACCACCAAAAAAAGACGCUGCUCCUUUUGAUGCUCAUUCAGGCCCAAGUCCCAGCUCCUCAACAAGGAGACACUCCUGCUUGGAAGAUGAGCGCGCAACACAAGAGUUCAUUGAUUUUCUCAAGCCCCUAAAGUCCGGCCGAGAAAUCUUCAAACAGUGUCGGGCCUUUACUGAGGGCAUGGUGUAUAAGCAGGAUAUGGGAGCUGAUGAGCUAUCAGAAUGUGUUCAGGAUUUCUACCAGAACCUCUCGGAUCGCCUUCAGGCCCAGUUCAAAGGUUCCUCGGAUCACGUAGAGAGUGUUAUGGACGAAGUGGAGAAGUACAUGAUGACUCGUCUUUACAAAGCAGUCUUCUGUCCUGAAAGCACAGACGAUGAGAAGAAAGACCUGGCCAUUCAGAAGAGAAUCAGAUCAUUGCACUGGGUCACCAUCGAGAUGCUCUGUGUUCCUGUGGAUGAGGACAUCCCUGAAGUAUCUGACCGUGUAGUAAAAGCCAUCACUGAUGUGAUUGAAAUGGAUUCCAAGUGGGUGCCCAAAGAAAAGCUGGCCUGCAUUACGCGCUGCAGUAAGCACAUCUUUAAUGCCAUCAAAGUGAGCAAGAAAGAGGCGGCGUCUGCAGACGACUUCCUGCCCACGCUCAUUUACAUUGUCCUGAAAGCAAACCCCCCACGGCUGCAGUCCAACAUCCAGUACAUCACCCGUUUCUGCAACCCCAGCAGACUCAUGAGCGGAGAGGACGGGUAUUACUUCACUAACCUAUGCUGUGCUGUAGCAUUUAUCGAGAAGCUGGAUGCCCAGUCUCUGAAUCUGAGCUCUGAGGAGUUCGAACUCUACAUGUCGGGCCAGGCAUCCCCCAACUGGCUGCAGACCCGUGGCGCCUCCUCCUCCUCCUCGGGGAGCACCGCUCUCACUCAGGUCCACAACCAGGCCGACCUCUCUGUGCUGGACAAACGGGAGGAGCACGUCAGAAAGGGGGCUCGGCAGCUGGAAAAUGACCUGAUCGACUGGACUAAUGAAGUGGAGCAGAAGGUGCAGAGCGCUUUGGAGAGCUUUCCAGCGGGCACGCCAGCCCCCGCUGGAACCGCGGCAAGUGAGCCAGCGCCCGCAGCGCCUUCAGCCAUUGACUCUGAGAACGUUGAGAAUGAGCUGUUGCCCCCGCCGCUGCAACCUCAAGUGUUUGCUGGUUAAGAUGACCACUUCCAAACCCACUCCUGUGGAAGCUUUACUCCCCUGUUCUUUAACCCCCCCCCCCCUUGGAGGCAUUCAGUCAUGGCUGAUCAUCCAACGUCUUCUUUUAGUCUGUUGCUUUUAAUGCCUUGAAGGCAGCUUUCUUUUAGAGCACUGACUUGCUUCCUUAGGGUUAAAAGAGGACGAUGAACUUAACUGACCAUCUCUAUUCUGCUGUUUCACAUCUAAAAUGUGUGCUAGAAAUCGAAUAUGUUUUGUUUUCUUAUGAAUGGCUUCAUGAGCUGGAGUUCAUUAGACUCGGUAAAGAUUUUUUUUUUUUAAAGAAAAGUCAAUAUGUCAUCCAGAAAAGAAAAAAAAGCAUCCCCUUCACAUCCUCUUUUAACUCUAAGCUCCUCCAGAACAGAUCUGUUUUGGAAGUUCAUCUUCAGAACCUCACAGACUGCGUUGUUGUUACAUUUUUCUUUUUUUUUUAAUGGUUUAUAGCAAUCCUCCAACAUUCGGAACCAGAUCUUUAAUUGAACUGCCUCCCAAAUAUUCAGUAAAGUAGAAGGCAAUAAUUCUUCAGGAUGAUUGAAAAAUCUAAAUUAUGGUGAAGCAAAUUUCCUCUUAAAAAAAUAAAAUACUCUUGGGUGGAAGGAGUGUAUGGAUGUGAAGUGUUAGUGCAUGAGGGAGGGCAUGUGUGCUUCGUUCCAAAUAAUAAAUCUAUUUAGACAAAUCCUGUGACGGAGCUGCUGUCACGCCUGACCUCUCCACCAGUCACAAGUUAGAUGUACAGAAGUCAUUUUAUUUUUCUAUUCGGUGACAGUAAACAUGUCAUUAACCCUGUAAUAUUUACAGUAGAACGUUCUUUGAAGUGGACACUGAUGAAGCAGUUUCUUGCAUCUUUGCUUUCCAAGAACAAUUCAACAAUGUAGGAAAAUAUAAGUGCUGAUGUUUUUCUGCUGACAUAAGCUGACCACUCCUCUCAUGAAGAUGAGAUUUCCGUUUGAUGCACUUUUCUUUUUCGCAGCAUUUUAAAGCUCCUUUGACACCCUAGUAGUGUACGAGAUACUUUAAAAAAAGUUUUGAAAAACACAAAGGCACCCUUUUUUUGCCUUUUGUCACAAGCUAAAUUUUAUUAUUGUUUUCAGAUUUAAAGUGUUUUCUUCAUAUUUCCAGUCUGUGACCGCUGUUUAUUUUCUGUGUAAGGAGAGUGUUUAUGCAAACGUAAUCUAGCUUGAAAGAUGUCUGUUGCACUGACUACAGAAGGUGUUUAUCAGGAAAUUCUUUGUUACAUGAUUUCUUUGAGAGGUUAACUCCAUGCUUUUUAUUUAAUUGUAACUUAUUGGGGCAGUAUUGGUAUGUCUGCAUCUCUGGGUGUGCACUGAUUAAUAAAAUUAAAUUAAAAAAGAAA